AUUGAAAUUUGAGAACGCAAAAAAAAAUCACAUUCUGCGCUGCAACGAAUACCCUUGACAUUCAAUCGCAGUUACAUCGUCCAGACGUAAACAGACUUUUGCGUAGAAAGAUUUUCAAAACUCGAUUCGAGUGAUUUUCGUUUAUAAAAUUAAUGAAAAAUGGAGUCCAUGAUCAAGCUAAAGUCAUCAGACGGUAGAGUCUAUGAAAUUCGGCGAGAUUUGCUAAAGUCUAUGGGAACAAUCGAAGAGAUGAUUCAAAACUUCGACGAGAAUUUUGGUGGUGAAAUUCUGCUUCGCGAAGUCGAUUCAGAUAUGCUGGAAAAAGUGGUGGAUUGGGCCAAAAAUUAUAAUAAAAGUACCAACAAAGCCAAAUUGAAUUUUAUUAAAAAUAAUAAAAAGGAUUUGUACAGUCUCAUCAAUAUUGCAAACUAUUUGGAUUUCAAGGAUUUAAUGAACAACUUGUGCGAAUACGUUGCCGAUCAGAUGAAAGACAAAAGCGUUGAUGAAAUUCGCAAACAGUUUAAUAUGACCGAGAGAAAAUUCAAAACCCGAACAAGUCUGCAAAACAACAAUAACGAAUAACGAUUGAUAUUGCAUGCUAUUACCAACGUUUUUUUCGUAACAUUUUUUCAACCACAAAAACAAAACUGCACAUUUACGUAAAAUAUGAAAUAGUGAAUAGAAUGAAAAAUUCCAUUGCACAAAAUAAAUGCCCAUUUAAUUUCAAAAGACCAUUGUUUCAUUUCAAAUUUCCCAUAGAAAUGAAGAGAGGAGAAAAAGAAGCGUUUUCGUUGUGUCCACACACCAUAAACUGAACGUCUUUUGAACGUUAGCCUUAGAAAGCGAACGAGAGUCGAAAGUAAAAUGAAUAGAAUUAAAAAAAAAAACAAGUUCAGUUGCGCGCACAUAUACAAUAAUAAACGCACACACAUGCACGAAGUAUUUUAAGCAUGUUUUCGGCGCGAAGAAUGUUCACAUAUGAAGAUGUACAUGAAACACGCACGCUGUCGAAUUCUACUAGCAGCAAGUGUAUUUCAUUGUUAUGGUUUUUUUUGUGUUGUGCUCCUCGUCUCUCCGUCUUCACACCAUACAUAAAAUACACCAAACAAACCGCUUGUUGUUUAGUUGUCAAAUUACCAUGGGUACGCUUUGUUUAUUCCGCAUAAAAUUUAUAUGAACAGUAGAAAAAGAGACCACUUGAAAUGUUUAGACUGUGAAAAAAAUAUUUGCAACCACAUUACCUGAGAAUUACAGAAAUUCAAGAGAAAAUACACACAAAAAUGACGCUGUAUUUUGAUACGAAGGCACAGUUUUUAGACGGAGAUGCAGUUAGUACAGUUUGUUGUUGGCAUUUUACACAACCAUUAUUUGCGGUCGCUUCGUAUAAUCAGGACCGGGGUGCUUGUGUCACCAUAUUUGAUGACUCGGGUGAACCAUUACGUGAUGUGACAUACCCGGUGCAUUCUGUUUCACAAGCAACAGCGUUGUGUUGGCAUCCGGAACGUCGACAAUUGGUGGCCGGCUGGGAGAAUGGCGAACUAAAUACUUGGUGUGCAGGUCAACGUACAUUUUCAACGAUGAAUUGUACACACAAGUCACCAAUUGUUUACAUUGGCUUCAGCGAACAAGGUGGCAGAAUGGUUACAGCCGAUUCGAUGGGAGUUUUAAUUGGUUGGCGAUGUGAUUCACACAACGGUCAAUUCACCUUAAUGUUUACUCAUGAUUUACGUGAUUCCAUUGUGCAUGUCACAUUCCGAAAAACCGUCAAGAGUCUGGUCACAAGUGAAUUGAAUAGUUUGGCGAAAGCAGCGGUGGCUGGUGAUGAAAUCGCGCUUGAUACAUUGGCCAAUUGGAGGCCACGUACUGCUGCACGUAGCCUAACUCAUACCGGUGUCAAAGAUAAUCAAUGUUUUUACGUUGGAUGUCAAUCGGGCACAGUAUUUUAUGUCAAUCAGUCUGGUUCGUGCAAUGACGUUUUACACUGUGACAUAUCACCAAUCAUUCAAAUGCUGUGGCAUCCAAAACGAGAGGUUGUCGUCACCCUUAUGGAAGACAUGAUGGUUGGACACUACAUGGUCGAAUCAACUGGAACAUUUACUGAAUUAGAGCGAGUCAAAUUAAGUGGAAAGGUUCCUGGCAAAAAUGGAUUUUUGUCAUGGGCUGGAAGUUCAUUGGCUGUGAUUACUGGUGAUUUCACUGUUCGCAUAUUCGAUCUUGAUACGAGUGAUAGUUUUUUGUUGCCAAUGAGUCAAGCAAAAAAAGACACUGAAAAAUCGGAGCCGGUAAAAUCGAUUGAAAAAAUUGGGUCACCGAUUCAUAUGCGAGCAACACGAUCAAUUAUGGACAGAGACUAUGAGAGCGAUGAAGAAAUCGCUGUUACAGUGGACGAAACAGAAUCGACUAAAGUUACCACAAUUGCAUCGAAAACGAUGGAAGUUUUCACGAGUUUGGCAUAUUGUAAUGAGAACCAAACCCUGUGUGCUGGAACAAAUCAAGGAAACUUAUACAUUUGGAAGCGUAACACAUCGCUUGUAAUGCAAAUGGUAAGCGUUAGUGAGAAUGGCUAUGAAUCGAUGGAGAAUUGCUGGCAUCUUGUCAACAUAGCCAACGUACGUGGCGCAAUUAAGUUUUGCAGUUGGGGAGUUUGCGAUGUAUCAACGCCAUGUGUGUUGGUUAAUUGCAUAUCAAAUGUGUACAUUCUAAAGGAGCAACCUCUUCUGACGGCCUAUUCGCCAAAUAUUUGGAUCAGACAGAAAUCAUCAACACAAUUGUAUGUGGAGCAUGCGAGCAACUUUUCAACCAUUCUGCGAUGUGACAUAUCGGCCAUUACUGGCCUCUGUCUAAAUGAACGCAAUUUGGCAAUUACCAAUCAGAAGAAUAUCGCAAUUUACAAAAUACCACGAGCCGAUGACUUCAAAGAUGCAAAAAAUAAUAAAAAUGUGUCGAUAAAACAGGUUCACACAUUUAAUGUGCUCGAUUGCAUGAAAAUAUUUAUCUAUGAUGAGAUGCUUAUUGUAAUUGGCUAUCAAAAUGUUCGAGUAUAUUCAUUUGGUGGAAUUGUAUUAAAAGAGAUCAAUUUCAAUGACAACGAAGGUUCACCGAUUGGAGCAUCGCUCACACAUCAUUUCAUGACAAUAUUCACAAUGAACGGAUAUCUUAAGGUAUUCGAUGUGUCACGACAUGAGCCAAAAUUGAUUGUACCACCAAAAUCGGGAUACGAUCUAUUUGGGAAUUUCGGUGAAAUAAUCAUGGCCAAAUCGAAUAUGACCGGCUCACAUUUGGCAAUCACUAUUGCCAAUGAGUUACUGGUGCCUGAUGGUAAACUCUACAUUUGGGAUAUGGAAAAAGAUAGAUUGACCAGUUAUGAUUUUCUCAACAAGAAUCAACAAAUCAAUGCUGAAAACGAGAAGAAAAGCCCCAAUGAAGCACCGACCGAACUGAAUUCAUUCGUUCGCAGGGUACCUGUAUCGUUCUGUUGGGAUAAUGAGGACACACGAAUUGUGGCAUGUGAAACGCGUCGGCUGAUACAGCCGAAUGAAAAACGACCGCCAACAUCAAUGGGAACCAUGCGAGCCCCAUCAAAGCUGAGCCCCAUCAAUGCAAAAUUAAAUAAUGAAAACGUACCUGAUUCACAAGUUUACAUCAUGUUUGCGACUAACGAUAGCCGAAACCAAAUCAAAUCAAUAGAAAUAUUGGAUUUAAAAUUUGGUGAACAAUUGAUUGACAUGUAUACGCCGUACGUGAUCACUCUGAAAGUGAAUCAAAUAAAACGAAAUGUAUUAACAAAUUUCAAAGGCAUUGAAACGACGAGCGAAACAAAUCGCAAAUUGAUAUUGGAUUUCAGUAUUUUCAUUGCUGAUGGAAAGAUGGACGAAGCAUUUCGGUGCAUUCGAUCGAUUCAAUCGGAAACGGUUUGGGAAAAUUUAGCACGAAAAUGUGUUCAAACUGGUCGUUUAGAUGUGGCCAAAGUAUGUUUAGGAAAUUUGAAAAAAGCCCUAUCAGUACGGGCGCUUAGGCUGGCAAUGGAGGAUGAUACACUUGAACCAGAAGCAAAAAUUGCCGUUUUGGCCAUUGAAUUACAAAUGAUACCUGAAGCAGAAUCAUUAUACAAGAAGUGUGGACGUUAUGAUUUACUCAAUCAAUUGUUGCAGGCAUGCGGCCGAUUUCAAGAAGCACUUCAGAUUGCCGAACGCUUGGAUCGUGUUCAUUUGAAAAACACAUAUUUUGAGUAUGCCGAGUGGCUCAAAGGAAACGGUGAUAUUAACAAUGCCAUGAUUUAUUACAGCAAGGCCAAUAACACUGCACACAAUGUAACACAAAUGCUCAUUGGCGAACCAUCAUUGUUGAAGCAAUAUAUGAGCGAUUCGACCGAUGCAAAUAUGUUAAAAUGGUGGGCACAAUAUACAGAAAGUACUGGUGAUAUGAAUGGAGCAUUGAAGAUCUAUCAAAAGGCCGAAGAUUGCUUUUCACAGGUGCGAAUUCUCUGUUUUCUCGGCGAUAUAAGUCGAGCUGAUACGAUUGCACGUGAAAGUAAUGAUAAAUCAGCCUGUUACCAUUUGGCUCGUCAUUACGAGAAUACUGGUAAAAUUCAAGAUGCCAUUCAAUUCUAUGUACGUGCUCAAACCUAUGGAAAUGCUGUACGAAUUUGCAAAGAGAACAAUUUACCAAACGAACUGUGGACGGUGGCAAAUUUGGCUCGACCUCGUGACAAAGCCGUGGCGGCAGCAUUUUUUGAGGAAAUCGAAGACUACAAACGUGCUGUUGAACUGUAUCAUCGAUCUGGUAUGUUGCACAAAGCCGUCGAAAUGGCCUUUGCGUCGAAGCAAGUUGAGACAUUACAAGUUAUUGCCGCCGAACUCGAUGUAAAAUCUGAUCCCGAGCUUGUUCAACGAUGUGCUGAAUUCUUUAUUACAUCACAGCAACCACAAAAAGCGGCAAAUCUAUUGGCCAAUGCAAAGCAAUAUGUCAAGUCAUUGGAAGUGUGUCGCGAGUAUAAAAUUCCAAUAACCGAUAACCUGGCGGAUUUGUUAACGCCAAAUAAAGAUGAAAUUGAGGAAAGUACACGUAUACAUAUUUUAGUUGAGUUGGGCGAUGUGUUGCAAGAGCAAGGCGAUUAUCAUACGGCCACAAAGAAAUUUACACAAGCCGGUGAUAAGGGGCGUGCCAUGAAAAGUCUAUUGAAAUCGGGUGAUACAGACAAAAUUGUAUUUUUUGCGGGAAUGUCAAGACAAAAAGAAGUUUUUAUUAUGGCAGCAAAUUAUUUACAGUCGCUGAACUGGCAAUCGGAUGGUAGAAUACUGAAAAAUAUCAUACAGUUCUAUUCGAAAGCACACGCUUUUGAUUUACUGGCCAAUUUCUAUGCAAAUUGUGCACAAGUGGAAAUUGACGAGUUUCACGAUUAUGAAAAGGCCAUCAAAGCACUGACCGAGGCAUCAAGAUGUGUAGCCAAAAUGACAAAUGACACAAAUACCAUUCAACACAAACGAGUUACAGAUAAUUUGCAAAAUGCUUGCGUUGAGGUACGCAAAGUGCUUGAAAUUCAAGAUGCAUUAGAGAGAGGAGAACAUAACAAUGUGGUCGCAGUUUGUAAGAGCAUGUUGAGCAUCCCUGAACGACCCCCCGUGCGAGCCAUACAUGUACAAGCGAUUUUAAUUGAAGCACUCAUUCGAAAUCGCCGAUAUCCAGAGGCAAUGGAAGCAUUGGAAGAUUUGUCGAGCAAAUCGACCGAUUGGAGUUACAAGGGAUUAUUGGAAAAACCAUUAAUAGAGAAAUUGGCGCACGAGAUGAAUGUUGAAUUUAGUACAAUUUGGAAUAUGGGACGACAAGACAUAGCAAAUGGUGAUGAGACCAGUGAGAAUGACGAUGAAAUUCAAGAAGAAAUUGAAUAGAAUUUUUUUUUGUUAGGAAACUGAAUAAAUAAUUGUUACUUUAUCAUUGACAACUU